AUGACGAGUGCAAUUAAGGAUAAUAAAGAUGAGAAUUUACCUUGGGUAGAAAAAUACAGACCUUUGGAUUUAAGUGAAGUGUAUGGUCAAACAGAGAUAGUGGCUAUUUUACGUAAAUUCAUUUCAGAGAACAAAUUACCGCAUCUGUUAUUCUAUGGACCGCCAGGUACGGGUAAGACGUCUACUAUAGUUGCGUUAGCACGUGAGAUAUAUGGGAAGAACUACUCUAAUAUGGUCUUGGAAUUGAAUGCGUCGGAUGAUAGAGGGAUAGAUGUUGUUCGUAACCAAAUUAAGGAAUUUGCAUCCACAAGACAAAUAUUUUCAAAGGGUUUCAAGUUGAUUAUAUUGGAUGAAGCAGAUGCAAUGACCAACGCGGCCCAGAAUGCAUUACGGCGUAUCAUAGAGAAGUACACUAAGAAUACUAGAUUUUGUAUCUUGGCCAAUUAUUCACACAAGUUGACACCAGCGUUAUUAAGUAGAUGUACCCGUUUCAGAUUUCAGCCACUGCCCAUGGAGGCUAUAGAACGUCGUAUUGCUAAUGUUUUAGUGCAUGAGAAGAUUCAGUUGAGUGAAGAUGCAGAAAGGGCAUUAAUCAAAUUAUCCAGAGGUGACAUGAGACGUGUUUUAAAUGUUUUGCAAGCAAGCAAGGCUACGUUAGAUAAGGAUGAUGAAGACACCGAGAUAGGUGAGGAUAUUAUAUACGAGUGCUGUGGUGCACCAAGACCCACUGAUAUUAAGCUAGUAUUGAAAUCUAUACUAGAAGACGAUUGGAAUACAGCAUAUUAUACACUGAACAAAGUACGCAGUUUGAAAGGGUUAGCAUUAAUUGAUUUAAUUGAAGGAAUUAUUGAGAUAUUAGAGACGUAUGAAUUAAAACAAGAGAAAACAAGGAUAGAAUUAUUAACGAAACUAGGUGAUAUAGAAUAUUCCAUUUCGAAAGGUGGGAACGACAAAAUACAGAGUAGUGCAGUCAUUGGUGCAAUAAAGGGCUCAUUUGAAAAUGAAUUGCUUUGA